AUGCCAUAUGCCUCUGUCCAGGGGAUACAAGCAUCGGAAGAAUUCACCAAACUUGUUUUCGAUGGUGGUCCCGCUGCAGUCGCUGAACAAAUGCCCGAGAAAUAUGGUCCAACUGCUGCUCAUUCCAAGCUGCGUGUGUUCGUUCGGCGGGAGGAAAUGGAACGCUUGCUCAGUCAACGUUCGGUUGAUAGUAUUAGACAAAUUGAAACCGGUUUGCGGACCCGGUCAUCCGUGGAAAAUCCAGAACAUACGCGGGCAAAGAUAAAAAUCCCUAUGAAAUCACAUCCCCUGGGUUUACACGAACGGGGGUUGACCGAAGUUAUGCGACGGUUACGUUCACAUGAAGAGGAAAUAAGCGAACAGCUGAAGAUCAGAGCAAUAGAAGAAAAGGAAUUACGCAAAAAGUGGGACGCAUUGUUCAAAGAAAUCAAUGAAAGCUUACGGCAAUCGAGCCAGAAAUACUAUAAUAUUAUUGAAGAACUUCAACAAAAGCUGGAAGCUCAAGUGACCGAACUGGACCAGUUGAAUCAAAAAGAGCAAGAUGAACUGGAACGUGAAAUUGGGCGGUUUCAUCGUCUGGUAGCCACAAAUGCACUGCUGACCGAAGAACUAAACGCGCUAACAUUGAAUCAGUCUAUAUCUCACCAAGAUCGUUGUGGAUAUUUUGAUUAUCGCACCAAUUAUCCACUAGUAAAUCCCCACUAUCGAUAUAUUCAAACGCCCAAUGUGCGUUUGUCAAAACCACCAUUUGGUGUAUCCAUGACCGCCACAAUCAAGGAAGCGUACACAACCACAACCCAAAUAUCCAAGGAGUCCUAUUUUCGAUGGGUUGCAAUUAUCUGUAUUGAAAUGCCCGGACGAUCCACAUCCUUAUUUUAG